UUUGCAGGCAAUUUGAAUUCCCAUUACAAAACUCAAAUUCAAAUUCAAAUCUAAAUUGAAAUUGAAAGUGCCAGAGUGUUAAAGUGGGCCAAAAAUAGGGAAACACAUCCCAACGGAGCUGCAUAUCAAUUCGGUCCGAAAAUCAAUUACAAUAACAAUUUGCAAUGCAAUAACAAUAAUAACAACUUUUGCCUAAAACAAAAGCAUAUCGAACACACAUAAACAACAAAUACAAAGCGAGGAGAGGCGAGGCGAGGAGAGAGGGGAAAAAACAAUGCCGAAAUCAGAAUCAACAACGCAAUGCCUGUGGAAUUUAAUAUUCACAAUAAUAUUAUUGUUGCUGCAACAAAAUGCAAAUGAUGCUUUGCUGCUCAAGUGUCCGCUGCAUCAGAUGCAGCUACAGAAGAUCGUGGGCUUCCGACCGCCACUGGAAUACCUCAGCGAACGCAAUUUGAUCUAUGCCACGCCCACUGCCAGCAAUUUUAAGGAUCGCGAUCGACGCAGUGGCGACUAUGGAAAGUCAACAACUGAUCCGCCUGCAAGUUCGAUUUGUUGGCGAAGCUGCAACGAGGAUCCCGAUUGCAUUGCGUAUGUGCAUCUGCUGGACACGGAUGAAUGCUAUGGCUACUCGUACUUUGAGCGCAACUCACGCUAUCUGCCCAUUGCGGAUGAGUUGCCUUUGAUUGCCGAUGGCGAGGCCAUGUUCUACGAAAAGACUUGUCUGCAUGUUCCCGAAGCGUGCAAAGGUCGCCUCUGGGCGCUGACCAAAAUUCCGGGCAACAGUCUGGUGUUUCAUGGCAGAAAGACAAUUUCAACGUUGGUCACGCGUCGUGAGUGCGCCGAGAGAUGUUUCUUUGAAACGCAAUUCCGCUGCCUCUCCGCCUCGUUUGCGCCCUCGUAUCGCAACAAUCGUGAGCGGUUUCGCAAUGAGGAACGCAGCGCCCCGCCACAUGCCACAUACGGGCGUUGCACGCUGAGCGACAAGGACAAGUCCAUACAGCCGGAUGCAUUCCGGGCGGCGCCCUACGAUGAGGAAUACAUGGAGAACCAGUGCCAUGAGCGACCCGCCGAGAACGACAAUUGCUCGUAUGAAUUGUAUGCCAACAGCAGUUUCAUCUACGCGGAAGCCAAAUAUUUGGGCCUAACCCAGAAAGAGUGUCAGUCGCUUUGUACACACGCGUCCAAAUUCUAUUGCCAGGGCAUCUCCUAUUACUAUGUGGAUCAAUUGACGCAUUCCGAGUGUCUGCUGCACUCCGAGGACAUCAUUUCGCUAGGUCCACGCAGCUUGAAGUUGCGCGAGAAUUCCGUUUACAUGCGACGCGUGAAAUGUUUGGAUGUGCAGGUCUUUUGCACACGCGAUGAGAUGAGCAUACGCUACAAGCCAAAGGAGACCUUCACGGGCAAAAUGUACGCAAGCAUGCACUCAAAGGAUUGCCAGGUGACCGGAUCGGGUAAUGAGAGUUUGCUGCUCUCGCUUGAGAUUGGCAGCGAGACCAGGGAGAAUCGCUGUGGCGUGCUGCGAGCCUACGAAAUGACGCAGACUUAUCACAGAACCUUUAUCUCUGCCUUGGUGGUCAUACAGCACAAUGCCAAUGUGCAAACGCAGGGCGAUCGUCUCAUCAAAGUGGGUUGCAUUCUUAACAAUGCCACGAGUCAAAUGACUCGGGACAACAGUGCUGAUGCCUCGGAGCAGGUGCCCAGCGCCAUCGCUCUUGAAUCCUCGCUAGAAUACGCUGAGCACAUGCUACCUCAAGAGGGCAUGGUGCAUUAUAACAGCAGUCAAGUCCCUCAGCCGCAUCCACACAUCUCGCUUCAAAUCGUUGAUCUCUCGCAUCAGCAUGAAACCAACGAUGUGCGCAUUGGACAAAAUCUGGAACUACAAAUUACAGCCGCCUACAGCAUGGAUCAAUUGGAGCUGCAGCUGGCGCCGUUGCCAGACUUUAGAGCCACUUCGCUGGUGGCCAAAUCGCAGGAUAAUCAAAACUAUGUGCUGCUCAUCGAUGAACGCGGCUGUCCAACCGAUGCGAGUGUUUUCCCUGAGCUGGAACGCGUGCGCAGCAAGUCAAAGUCGAUGCUGCGUGCUCGCUUUCAUGCCUUCAAAUUCUCGGGGACUGCCAAUGUGAACUUCGAUGUAAAGAUUCGCUUCUGUGUGGAACGUUGUCCGCCUUCCAAUUGCAUGCAUCUCACGCCUAAGCAUUGGCAACGUCGCAAGCGGCAGCUAGACGAGCUUCGUGUACAGAAUCCAGUUUACAUCUCAACGGUGAUGGAUGUGCCGAAGAAUACAACGAACAAUGCAGAUGUUGUGCUGCCCUUGAACUAUAAUCUGCGUGUCCAUGGUCCCGAUCAGGCAAACAGCAACAGCUAUUUGUAUGGAGAGCGUGGCGUGCUGCUCAUUGCUGGCAUCGAUGAUCAGCUGCAUCUGGAUAACAUCUGCAUCAAUCAGAGUCUGCUCAUUGCGCUCUUCAUACUCUGGUUGAUCUGUCAGGUGGCGUUGCUCUUCGGCUGUGGCAUGGUGUUGCAGCGUUAUCGUCGCCUGGCCAAGCUGGAGGAGGAGCGACGACGAUUGCACGAAGAGUAUUUGGAGGCUAGACGCGUUCACUGGGCGGAUCAGGGCGGUUACACGCUCUAGGAUAGAAUAACGUACUUACGAAGCGUUAAAAAAUACAUUUUAAUUGAAUAAAAAUUAAGCGAAUCUUACAAACAAGCGAGGAGA